GCAUCUGGGAACCCGGCAUUUACUCGGGUGCCAUGGCGAAGCGCAUCCCAGUACCUCAGCGCGAGGGUGUCACGCGCGACGAGUUUCUACAGCACAUUUAUCCGCAGAGAAAGCCAGUAGUGCUGAAAGGAAUUGAUCUUGGGACAUGUACUACCAAAUGGACAGUGGAUUACAUCAGCCAAGUAGGAGGAACUAAAGAAGUGAAAAUUCAUGUUUCUGCAGUUCCACAGAUGGACUUCAUCAGUAAGAACUUUGUAUAUAGAAGUUUGCCAUUUAACAAGUUUGUACAAAGGGCAGCAGAAAACAAGCACACGGAGUUCUUUAUUUCAGAGGAUGAGAAGUACUACUUGAGAUCACUUGGUGAAGAUCCUAGAAAGGAUAUUGCAGACAUCAGAAAACAGUUUCCUUUAUUAGAAGGAGAUAUCAAGAUUCCAGAAUUCUUUGAAAAGGAACAAUUCUUUUCUAGUGUCUUUCGUAUUAGUUCACCGGGAUUACAGCUUUGGACUCACUAUGAUGUUAUGGAUAAUUUCUUAAUCCAAGUGACAGGGAAAAAACGCGUUGUGUUGUUCAGUCCUCGAGAUGCCCAGUAUUUGUAUUUAUCGGGUACUAAAUCAGAGGUGCUGAAUCUGGAUAACCCAGAUCUGAAUAAAUAUCCACUAUUUUUCAAAGCCAGGAGGUUUGAAUGUGUCCUUGAAGCAGGAGAUGUAUUGUUCAUUCCUGCUUUAUGGUUCCAUAAUGUGAUUUCAGAAGAGUUUGGAGUAGGAGUGAAUGUUUUUUGGAGGCACCUUUCUUCUGACUGCUAUGAUAAAACAGACACCUAUGGAAACAAAGAUCCUACAGCAGCCUCAAGAGCGAUCCAGAUUUUGGACAGAGCCUUAAAAACACUUGAUGAACUACCAGAGGAAUAUAGGGACUUUUAUGCCCGGCAAAUGGUCUUACGAAUUCAAGGCAAAGCUUUUAGCUCUAACUAUGAAUAGAUAGUAUACUAAAAUAAACUACUUAGAAAAUUCACAUACAUUGUACAGAAAUACUAAAUAAAAACGAUUUUUUAAAUAUUUAAAAGAUUCAUUCUUUUAAAAUAGAGAAGUGUCAUAGCCCCAGUUUGGUUAUUGAAAUAACUAUCAGGGAUUGUUAAAUUACAUUAAGGAUGGUAGAAAGGAGUUAGGAGAUGGCUUUACCAUUUAGUUACAUGUGUUUAGGAAAGUUUCCUAAUCUUUGGGCUUAAUUUUCCUUAUCUGCAAAAUAAGAUUAUUGAAUAAGGGUCUUUUAAAAUGUUUAAAUUAAAAUUUUUAUGAUUUAUCUGAGUUGAUUAUAGUUUGGGUUCUUUUCAGGGUAAGUGUCCAGUGUGAGGUUAAUGUCUCUUCUGCUUAGCAUUGUUUAGGGAUGCUUCUAUGCCAUCUGUUUUGCUAUGCUGAGAUGUAAAUCAGCUUUACCUAAGAAAAGUAAAUAUGCUUGGACAAAGAAAAAUUUAUGUAAUAAAAUCCAGAUUCCAAUAUAAAUUUGUGUUAUUAGACUUUUGAUAACAGAUAUGAUAGAAUUUUAGAGGUGAAGUAAAGCUUUUAAGAUCAAGCUAAUCUAACUCCAUUUUAAUGAGGAAACUGAGGU